UCUGGAUCUCUUGAGUGACGCCGGCUGCCGAGGUUGUGCACUUGAAGGCUGCCUCCGCACGCGCGGUACAACCACAGAACCAUGGCAUUGAGCAGCGCACACUCAAAGCCGGACGGAAUCAAAUUCUUGUCCGUCAGUUGUUGACGAGCUUCACCUGCUUCCUCCCAGCUUGUCAUUCUCCAACCCCACCAUGUCCGCGUCCGCCUCGCCUGCUCCAGAGGCCGCCGCGUCACAAUGGAAAGAAUACAAGAACGCCGAAGGGCGCAUCUACUGGUCCCAUGCGAUCACGAAGCAGUCGGUGUGGGAGAAGCCCAACGAGCUUCGCACACCGUUUGAGCGUGCGAUGGGCAAGACGCCGUGGAAGCAGUACACGAGCGGCGGGAAGCCAUACUAUGUCAACUCGCUGACGAAGGAGACUGUGUGGAACCUUCCUCCCGACUUGGUCAAGUUGCAGCAGGAGGUGGAGGCGCUCGAGCUGGCAAAGCGCGAGCGCGAGCACCGCAAAGCUACGGGCCAGGCGUCGCCCACUCCCGAGCCUGACUCGGAUUCGGACGUCGAGGGCGGCGUGCUGACACGCUACCGAGGUCAUGUCGCGCCGACACGGACGCCUGAGCCUGAGCCCGAGGUUGUGACAAUCCCACAUGGCGGCUUCAAGAACGUCGCCGAUGCCGAGGACGCGUUCAUGUAUCUCCUGAAGCGCGAGGGCAUCGACGAGACCUGGACGUGGGACGCUGCCAUGCGAAAGGUCGUCCUCGACCCGCUGUUCAAAGCGCUCGAAACUCUCUCGCAGAAGCAGACGGCUUUCGAAAAGUGGCAGGCGCAACUGGUGCGCGAGAAGGCUGCGGCUCGUGACGCACGCAUCGCCGAGCUGCGACCUAAAUUGCGCCGCCUCUUUGCACAAGGGGGGAUCAAGAGCUACCACACGCUUAAGACAGCGGAUAAGCUUUUCGCGGGUGACAAGUACUGGCGGCGCGCCAAGGAGGAGCGCCGGCUGCUGCUGGAGGAGUACACCACGGAGCUGCGGAUGCAUGAGGCAAAUGCGCUGAGGCAGAGGAAGGAACAUUGUGUGAACGCCCUCAGCAAAAUCAUCAAGAACCUCAACAUCACUGUCGCUACCCGCUGGCACGAUGCGCGCGAUAUCAUUACCAAAAGCGACGCGUUCUCUGCCGACCCCCAACUUGCCAAGAUGGAGCCACUGGAUAUGCUCACGGUCUACGACGAAUAUGCGCGCGCGCUCGAGCGCGAAUUUGACGAAGAGAGCCGGCGACUGCGUGCCGAGGCGCGCCGCCGGGCUCGCAAAGCGCGCGACGCAUUCAAAGGACUUCUUCGCGAAUUGCGGGAUCAAGGCAAGCUCACGCGCACGAGCAAAUGGAAGGAGACGCUGCCUCUGAUCCGUGAUGAGGAGCGGUACACAGCACUCUUGGGCGUGCCGGGAAGCACGCCGCUCGAGCUGUGGAUGGAUGCGGUGGACGACAUGCAGCUGGCGGCAGAGGAGCGAGCUGCAAAGAUUGAAGGCGCGCUCAAGAGCGAGGUAACGCUUGAAACGACGUCCAGCGAUUUCAGCACGCUCUGUAUGGAGGCAGGCGUGACGGUGAGCGAUGAGGCGAAGCUCGAGGCAUUCGAGGUCAUCCACGCGCGUCUGGCCAAGAUUGCGGCGGAGGAGGCGAAACGCGCCGAGCGGCGGCGCCGGCAUCGGAUUGAGGAUCUGCGGGACGCCCUGCGGAGAGUGCGCGGAAUCGAGGCAGAGACAACGUACGACGCCGCGCUGCCCCUCAUGAGCGACAUGACCGAGUUCAAGGUGCUUGAGGAUGAGGACCGGCGCGCAGCGUUUGACAAACAUAUCCGCCGGCUUAAAGAUAAGUUGGAGCAAUCGCGCGACCGCCGGAUGAGCAUAGACUCGGACCGGGAGCGGGACCGGCGUCGCGAGCUGUGGGACAAGGACCGCGAUCGCGAGCGCGAUAGGGACAGAGACAGAGACUGGCGCGACAGGCGGGACCGCGACCGCGACCGCGACCGUGAUCGCGAUCGCGAUCGCGACAGGCGGGAUUACGACCGGCGCGAGCGAUCAAGACGAGACCGCAGCGAGGACGACCGCGAGCCCAAGCGGCGCCGUGUGUCGCCCGCAUCGUCGAAGCACGAGAAGGAGGAAGGGGAAAUCUAACGCGAGUGACAGCGAUGUCGCCCCAAUGCUCCGCAUGUUCCACGGAAUGCGGCGGGCCCCCGACCCUCACGAAGCAUGGUUAUCCUAUUAGGCGCUAUGUCUAUGCGAUGCAUGGUGGAAUCCCAAACU